GGGCCCCCGGCUCCGCGAGGCUUGGUCCUCAGUGUCCCACUCUGCUCUGGGCUGCUAAGGCCCCCCUCCCCACCCCAAUCUAGGUGGGCGUGGGUGGCCUGGGGCAGGCCCAGAGGAGACGGCUGGACACCCCAGCCUGGGAGGAGCUCGGGAACUCAGCCCGGGUGGACCACCUCGGGGGGCUGUCACUGUCCCCCCCGUCAGUGAAGGUCUAGGGGAUGGGUGGGAAGGCGGCAGGCAGGACCAGGACCACAGAGCAGAGCAGUGUGGGAAGAUGCAGGCUACAGCUCUGAUGAGAAAAUGGGACAAGCCAGAGGACAGGUGUGCGUCUGCUGGGAGCACAUAGACGAUGAGAUCCUGGAGGAGAACAUGAAGCUGGAGUGUAAGUGCCACGGCGUGUCGGGCUCAUGCACCACCAAGACCUGCUGGACCACGCUGCCGCAGUUCCGGGAGCUGGGCUACGUGCUCAAGGACAAGUACAACGAGGCUGUGCACGUGGAGCCUGUGCGCGCCAGCCGCAACAAGCGGCCCACCUUCCUGAAGAUCAAGAAGCCGCUGUCCUACCGCAAGCCCAUGGACACCGACCUGGUGUACAUCGAGAAGUCGCCCAACUACUGCGAGGAGGACCCGGUGACGGGCAGCGUGGGCACGCAGGGCCGCGCCUGCAACAAGACGGCCCCCCAGGCCAGCGGCUGCGACCUCAUGUGCUGCGGCCGCGGCUACAACACCCACCAGUACGCCCGAGUGUGGCAGUGCAACUGCAAGUUCCACUGGUGCUGCUACGUCAAGUGCAACACAUGCAGCGAGCGCACCGAGGUCUACACCUGCAAGUGAGCGGCUCCUCCCCGCCCGCGGCCCCACCGGUCGCACGGCGGGUGGCGCAGGACCAGACGCUUCCCACGCUGCGGGCACAGCCCAGACCUUCGCAGCCAUGCUGAGCUUGUCUUGUCUGCGGUGGGGGCCCCGAGCUGUCCAUGCCACACCCAGUGCCACCCCGCCAGCCCCAGACGCCAGCUGGGGCCUCCGCGGCUGGAGCAGAGCCUUCACACCAGAAACUCUGGACCCUGGGGCCUCAGCAUAGCAAUAUUUAACAAUUUAUUCUGAUAAAAAAUAAUAUUAAUUUAUUUAAUUAAAGAGAACCCUUC